CUCUCUCCGGCGCCAUCUUAGAUCCUGGCGAGCGCUUCUCUAUCACAUGCCCAAAACCACUUCCUGAUAACGGAACGGUGUGCAACGUUAGCAGUAAGGCGGAGGUUCCUAUAAGGUGUGAGGAUGUCACUGUCUAUUUCUCCAUGGAGGAGUGGGAGUAUAUAGAGGAACACAGGGAUCUGUACAAGGACGUGAUGAUGGAGAAUCACCGGCCCCUCACAUCACUGGGCAGGACCAGUUACAGAAAUCCCCCAGAGAGAUGUUCCCGUCAGCUUUAUUCACAGGAUCAUAAAGAAGAAAAUCACAGUACCUCACCAGAUUAUCAGGACGAAGAUCUUACUGGUAUUAAAGUAGAAUAUAUAGACGAAGAAGAGGAGACGUAUGAUCAGCAGUGUAAGGAGGAGGAAAUCCCUACGGGUAUCGGCACAGAUCCAUCUGCUCGCAUCAAGCAGGAAUCCGACUCAUGUGACGGAGAAAAUCUCCCAUACCGUGACAUCUAUGCGUCCACAGAUCAUACACCGUAUUCAUCUACUUAUAUUACGGAGGAAUCCGAAUCUUCGCCCCUUGGACCACAACACAAGAGAAGGGAAGCGAGGAAGAGAAUGGCAGAGGAACUGCAGGACUUCGGAGAGGAGAACUGGGGCGAUGACAACGGGCAAGUAUGCAAAACCAAGUGCGGCCGCAACAUCCGGUUCUCCCACGACGAGAACUGCGUCCUCAUCAACAGCAUAGUCGCCUGCUACGAGCAGAUUUUGGGGAGUCGGGCAGCCAAGACGCCCCUUAGUCGCAAACGCCAGCUGUGGAACCAGGUCUGCCACGUUGUAAAUGCGGUGGGCCCGCUGAAACGCUCUGUGACACACUGCAAGAAGAGGUAUUCAGACAUAAAGAGGCGCGUGAAAGAGAAGGUGGCAGAGGAGAGAAGGGCCGCUGUUGGGGCGGCAGACGGCGAGCCUCCAGUGGUUGUCGAAUACCUGUCCUAUGAGGAGCAGCUGAGGCGCGUCCUCCCAUUUGAGCUUCUUCAUGGUGCCAAUGAUUCUUAUCAGGCUGCAAGAGGUUCCUCCCGCAGGCAACCUCCGCCCUCUCAAGCCGACACAACCAAAGAUGAGGAGGAACCUGGACCAUCGUGGCACCACACACAGCAGACAAAUUUAGAAGAGCCCGACGACGAGCCUACGGAGGUUGAACGUGACACCCUGUUUACACUCCAUCCUCUCGACACAGACGCCCCCCGGCCUGCCGCCGACAGAAGUCCAACGCGUUACCCGUCUCAGAAUGAAGCCCCCCUUCACCCACCGCCACGCCCUUCUGAGCCUUUCACUAAUCUGCAAGGUGCCGUCGAUGAUUUCAGGCGCACCCAAAGAGACUUUAUGCACGGCCAAAAUCGUCAGAUGCGUCAAAUUAAUGCCCACUUGCAAAGGGGCUUAAGACACAAUUGCGUAGAUAUAAACGCACAGAAUCGGAUCGCCAAUGCCCUCGAGAGAAUAGACAGCCAUUUAUUACAGAUUAGCGGGGCGUUACAGGGCUUAACAGGGUCUGUGAGGGAACAUAGCGCUGCUUGUAUAGCUACCAUUUCCCAGUUGCACCAUGAUGUCUUGGCACGCCUACCGCUCACGCCGCCUUCUCCCGAGAGCAGUGCUGCCAGCACCCCCUCAACAUCUGUGACAGGUACUCCCCCGAGACGACGUGGCCGCCCCAGACGUGGCAGAAGUAGGGGCAUAAAAAGUGAACCAUCCUAUAAAAAAAUGAAAGAAAAAUAGUUUAGGAUUUUAUAAAAAAAUAAAUAUAUAUUGUAUUUUUGUGUAUUCCUUUACAGCAUUGGUAAUAAGUAAAAUGCUUUUUAUACACCUUUUACAUAUGAGGUAUUGUUGAAUUAUUAUUUCAGUGAUCUGCACCUAAGUAUUUUUCUUCGCUGUCUAUCAGUAGGCUUAUAUUGUAAUAAAACCAUGUAGCGCAAUAGAUAGUAAGCAGCAACAAUACCAAUUAGCACCAGACUUAGCAAGGCACCUGAACGCCAAAGGUGUGCCCAAUCACAUACUCAGUAGUCAUCACAUGAUCAUUCCCUAUGGCUCAAGUCUGCAGCAUAGUGAUGACUAGCAAAGGAUACAGAACUUAUGGCAUAUACCAGCAGUACCCUCAUCCUUCAUGUGCUUUUCCAUCCCUCACCUACAGACGUGCCUUCUUACACCUACCCUUUCUGUGCCACAUGGCGUGAGAGGCCUGGCACAAUUCCCAUGGGGUGCUACUUUUUCCUCAGCUUUGCGGCAUAGUUUGCCUAUAGUGUACUUAGGCUUAGUGUUUUGUCACUGCUAAGUAGCAAGCCCAUGAUGCGCUUAACCACUCAAUCGGUAUGGGCGGAAAUCUUAUGGGGCCAGCUGCACUGCCGGCGCUGGCCCCCCCGGAAGAUUUUUGGGCUACCUCACUAAUUCCCUGGGGACCGCCGGCGCUGAUUGGACGGCGCCCUGGGAACCCGCAUAAACCAUUAUAGUGUUAAGCCCUCCCCCCCUGGCCUCCUAUUGGCUGGGGGGCGGGCUUAACUGCGUAAUGGUUUGUGCUAUUUCUCGGGUGCCGCAAGAUGGCCAGGAUUCAGCGCUGGCGAUCCCUGCGGGAAAUCGCCCCCCUGCACUCCCCCCACUUUAAAAACACACCCUGGGAGGUGUUUUUUUUUUUUUUUUUUAAAGAUUAAGGGGUUAAUUUGGUGCAGUUUGAGAAUAGAUGUAUGUGGACACGUCUGUAGACCAUCACCUCUCUAUUGCCAAUAAUGGCCGCCAACCUCAUCUUUUAGCCGUCACUGCUUUUGUGGAUAUUAUGACUGCAUGUGCAGCAGUGUUUAGACAGCUUGUAUCCUAUGUUAUGCAACGUUUUGUGCUGUAAGUAUUUGCAUUUUAUUUUCCAUUUUUUUAUUGUUUGCACAACUGCUCUUUAUGUAUUAUGUAAGGCGCGGUGGAUCCCGUGUGGCACCAGAUAAAUAAAAGCCUGCUACUACACUCA